AUGGCGUUCAUUCAGAUGAAGCCGUUCGACACAAGGCCUGAGUCCAGCCAGAACAGCAACCAAUCGGAUCACCCAUCAUCAGGAAUACAGUCUGAUGGCGGUUCUUUAGUGCCAGGUCCAUCUCUGCACUGUCAGAAAAUUGCUCGUGCCAAGUGGGAGUUUCUGUUUGGCACUCCAGCAGAAAACACUGCCAGCAAACAAGAGAAGAAUGUUCCAGAAUCCUCCACAGCUCCACCAAGUGGCCACUCCACCCCAAUACCACCCUCUUAUCUGCCAUUGGAGGAGCUUGCUCUCAGAGCGAAUCAUGACGUCCAACACGUGGAGGUGGAGCUAGUGACUCCACCCCCCGCCGCCCCAGGCACCUCCCCCAAAACAGGCAUAAUUCGGCGAACUUUGAAAUACUCAGAGACCGAUCUGGACGCCGUUCCGUUACGAUGUUAUCGGGAGACAGACAUAGACGAGGUGCUGUUAGCAGAGCAAGAGGACGCUGACUCAGCGUUUGGAAGUAACCGAAGUGUCAUGGGAACUUCCUGUGCUGGGAGCAGCCCGCUAGGAGAGAUGUCGAAUGAAAGAACAGAUGGACAGGAGGAGGAGGAGGAGGAGGAAGAGGAGGAUGUUGCGAGCUGGGUCACUGUCAGGAUGCAGGGCGAUGUGAGGAGGCUGUUGGCCGAUCAGGAGCGAGAUGAAGAAGAGGAGUUUUACAGCAUGAUGCUAAAGAGGCCCCAAGAUCGUUUCAGUAACAACCAUCCAGCUCUAAAAUCUCCCAUCCUGGUCCGUGGUCCUUGCAGAAGGUCCGGAGACAGUUUGGACACAUUCAGCCGGCAUUUUGAGAACAUCAUGGAGUCACACCGUGCCAAGGGCACCUCCUACAGCAGUCUGGACAGUCUCGACCCUCUGACCUCUAGCACUCAAACUGUCCUGACCUUUGACUUCCCCACACUGACUCCACAGGUGCAGGGUCAGAUCUACCAGAGUGCCCGGCAAAUCGUAGAGCUCAGCUUCGCUCCAUUGGCACACAUAGAGAUGCCCAGCCUUUCAGAGUCGGCACUGACGAUAACAGGGGAGACGGAUGCCACACGAGCGCCAUCCAGUGAACGUCUCAGCAGCGGGUCCGACGAUCGCAACGGACAGAGCUGGCAGAGCAACCCACCACUUUCACUGCCCAGCAGCACUGGUCUCAUAUGUCCACAAACACCUGAGGAGAUGAGUGAGAGCGUAGUCUCUGGACAAACGGCUCAGGUGGACUGCAAAAAGCUGAGCAUUAAUACAAACAUGGCUGAGGUCCAGAGAGUCGCAUCAGAGAGGCGUUUUGGCAGAGAUGGUCUGAGAAAAAAAGCCCACUCCGUGUUUUGCUGGCAUUGCUCUGCGCUGAAGGAGAGGAGCGUCCUGACCCGCUGUCACACACCGUACAGCAAUGACUUCAGUCGCCUGGUGGCAGAGGAAUAUCUGCGCUACUUCAAUUUUACUGAAAUGACUUUGGACCAAGCACUAAGGGCCAUCAGCGAACACAUGACGCCUGUUAUAAGCCAGACUCACUGUCGCCAUGGUAACAGGUUUAUGGUCCUGAUGAGAACUAACGUUGGCAAGCGAAUGUCCUGCACUCAGUUCAUUGGGAAUCUAGAAGGACUAAACAGCAGCCAUGAUUUUCCUAAAGAACUCCUCAAGGAAGUGGAAGUCCUUCAUCUUGUUGAUGAAAACACUGACUCUCGCUGGGACAGAAAGCAUCUGAAGAGCGAUCGACGAAGCGAAGGAGAGCCGAUGGAGAUCGAUGGUCGCAGACUCACUGUUGCGUUGCUGAACACGUUUCAUAUUGCUUUCAUGUUUAAGUGCACUACAGUUUCAGACAUGAUUGGAGUGAACAGUCUGCACUCAGCCGGACGCUUGCGCUCCCGUUCGCUCUGCUCCGUUCGAUACGGGCGAGAUUUCCGUAUGAUGGACCCGUUCCGUUACCCGCGAACGCCCAGAUCCCGAUCGCUCAAACCUCUGGUGUUUCCAGACCUCCUGGGAAAAGCACAAGAUGGACAGAACCACCCGCAGGCCCGCAAGAGGAAGAGGCUGCUGGUUCGUGGAGGUGAGCUGAAGGUUUUUGGUUCUCGUGAUUUCCAGGUUGGUGUCGACGAGUCUUUGCAGAGACUCGUCGAGCGUCUCUCCCCUGAGAAACAUCACGCGGAUGGGACGGCAGAUGACAGUAUGGGCGAGUAUCGACCAGAUAAACAGUUAUCAGAUGAGGAUUUGAAGAAUGCGGUGUCUAUUCAUCAUUCGCUGGCCAUCCGAGCCACAGACUACAGCAAACGGCCAAACGUGUUUUACCUCCGGACCGCGGACUGGAGAGUCUACCUCUUUCAGGCUCCGAAUGCUGAACAAAUGCAGUCUUGGAUCACACGCAUCAACACGGUGGCAGCCAUGUUUUCAGCCCCGCCCCUCCCUGCUGCCAUUGGCUCACAGAAGAAAUUCAGUCGGCCGCUGCUGCCAGGCUCCGCCUCCAAGCUGUCGCAGGAGGAGCAGGUACAGGCUCAUGAAGCUCGAUUUCGCUCCAUCUCCACUGAGCUCGUACAACUGCGCUCGUAUCCACCUGACAGGAAGGUGAAAGGUCGUGAACUUGAGGAGUACCGAAUGAAGGAGGAAUAUCUAGAGUUUGAGAAAACGCGCUAUGAGACGUACAGCAUGCUCCUGCGGGCGAAGCAGCGCUGCGACGACGAUGACCUGUCAGUGUUUGAAGCCAUGCUCCUGGAGGAAGGUGCGCUACAGAGAGCUCAAUCCAGCCCCACGCUGCAGGAGAGCAGUAUGACCUGCAGCACCAGAGAUGGUGCGAGUCAAAGCGCUGCCGCCGGCGCACAAGAACCAUCCGGCAACGGCAACAACGGCUGCUCCCGCGGUCAGGGCCAGAGACACAGCUACCGGCAGGCCGUCCGCAAGUGAAGCCGCCGCCGCCACCCACAGGAAGCUCGCUGUACUGGAGAGGAAGUGAGGUCUCUCUCUUUCCUGUGUGCGCCCUCCCUGCUCUGUGUGCCAUCAGGAAGGGGUGUUGAUUCCGACUGAAUCUGACUCUGUGAUUGGCUGAUGGCUGGGUGAUGUCACAAUACAAGGUGCUAUGGGAUCUGGAUGGGACAACGUGAUUAGGAUUCGGAGGAACGUAAAUAUGAAAUGCAUAACCUUCCUUUGCCUUCUAGUUCUCGGUUUCUUCUGCGAGUUCUUACCUGAAGCCAUUUCAUCGCACACUACCAAGUCAAAUCUGGGCCUAAACGUCUUCAAACCUUUAAAAUAUGAUCGUGUUAGAAGGUCUUCAGUUUUUGCAUUUCUAGAAAUAACUCAUUUGUUUACCAUGCAUAUUAAAAUUCACAAAUUCUGCUCAAAAUGGUCACGAAAAGUAUCAACGCUUGGCAGGGCGACGUCUAGGAUCUGUGUAUUUUGCACGGUGAAACACGAUGCUUGUUAUUUGUCAUAUGGGCGUCUCAUUUUGUCGUGUUUAUGAACGGUAGAUGAGCAGAAAACUGACUAGCCCGUAUGCAACUAGUUAUUUCUUCAUGUUGUUCUAAGCGUUAGCGAUCUGUAUUUGUACAGUAAUGCACAGGGACAUCAUAGUCACUAAAUGCACCAUCCGUUUGCUCUGCAAAACCCCGUUUUGCCCUAAAACGUCUUUUGCACUGAACACUAAAUAUAAUUACACUGCGAAACUCAUUUUCUCAAUCAGUAGUUUGCCUUUUUUCUUAUAAAAAUAUUUAAGCAUCCUUAAAAUUAGAUCUAUAAUUGAGAAACAAAUUUUGUAUAUUGUGUCUUGAAUUAAGUUUUUCUUACCUAAUUUACAGAUUGUAUUUUUCCCUAGUUUUUAAGCACAAACCUCACCAAAUUUUGUAAGAUGUAUGCGUAAAAUAGGAAAAAACUAUUCAGAAAAAAGAUCAACUUAAUUCAAGUUAUAUUCUCUGAAAACAAGUUUCAGUAUGCAAAUGUACAUGUUAAGAAUGUUUAGAUAUUUUUGUUGAAAAUCGAGACACCAAUUUAGUUGAGAAACCAUUUUUGUAUAUUGUCUUGAAUUAUAUCCAUUAACAAAUUUUGCAUAUGUCUUGAAUUAGGUUUUUCUCACCCCAUUGAAAAUAUUUUUUUCUUGU